GAGGGGGUCAAAGGUCGCGAACAAUGGCGGACGUGCACGAGAGUGGAGUGGCCUCUGCGGUGGCAGACGGAGAGAAACUCAGCAAAAAGUAGAUAGGGCAUCUGGGUAACGUGAUCGCAAUGCUGUCCCGGGCGGUGGGCGGCCUGUUUAGCGGGCGGUCUGGGGAGGCCGCCUGGGCGGUGUGGCGAGUGUGCGCCGGCCAGCGGUUGUCAUGUACAAUGGCCCCACACACGUCUGGAGGCAUUAGUAAAACAAGUGAGCUGAAGAGGCGGCAAAAAGCAGCCCAGAAAGCGGCCGAGAAGGAAGCCAAGGCCCGCGAGGUGGCCGAAAAGCAGCCGGCGGAAGGUCAUGGCAAGGCUGAUGGGGCGGCCUCUUGUCUGCAGGAGGAUGAGGAGAUCCUGGACCCCAAUCAAUACUACAAGAUCCGCACGCAGGCCGUUCAGAAUAUGCAGGCAUCUGGAGAUGACCCGUACCCACACAAGUUCCAGGUGGAUCUGUCGCUCACGGAGUUUGUGGAACGCUACUCCAACCUGCAGCCUGGCGAUCACCUUACAGACAUCAGCCUGGCGGUCGCAGGAAGACUCCAUGCCAAGCGAGCGUCGGGGGCCAAGCUGCUGUUCUAUGACCUCCGUGGCGAGGGGGUGAAACUUCAGGUCAUGGCCAAUGCCACAUUCUACAAAACGGAAAAGGACUUCUUCCUCACCAACAACAAGCUACGGCGCGGCGACGUGGUGGGCGUGCGUGGAAAUCCGGGCAAGACCAAGAAGGGGGAGCUGAGCAUCGUGCCGUCCGAGAUGGUGCUGCUGUCGCCCUGCCUGCACAUGCUGCCACACCUGCACUUUGGCCUCAAGGACAAGGAGACCCGCUACCGCCAGAGAUACCUUGAUCUGAUCCUCAACGACUACGUGCGGCAGAAAUUCAUCGUCCGUGCCAAGAUCAUCAACUACGUCCGUCACUUUCUGGACAGCCUCGGAUUCCUGGAGGUGGAGACGCCCAUGAUGAACAUCAUUGCUGGAGGAGCAGCGGCCCGGCCAUUCAUCACGCACCACAACGAUCUCAACAUGGACCUGUACAUGAGGAUUGCUCCGGAGCUUUACCUCAAGAUGCUGGUUGUGGGUGGCAUGGACCGCGUGUACGAGAUCGGGCGGCAGUUCCGCAACGAGGGGAUCGACCUUACGCACAACCCUGAGUUCACAACGUGCGAGUUUUACAUGGCCUACGCCGACUACAACGACCUCAUGGAGAUCACCGAGAAGCUUCUGUCCGGCAUGGUGAAGCACAUCACGGGAGGUUUCAAGAUCGUGCUGCACCCAGAUGGUCCGGAAGGCGAGGGCGUGGAGGUGGAUUUCACGCCGCCCUUCCGGCGACUCAGCUUGAUCGGCGACCUGGAGCGAGUGCUGGACACCAAGCUGCCGGCUGCAGACACGCUGAGCACGGAGGAGGCACGCCUGGCUGUGGACAAGCUGUGUGUGGAGAAGGGGGUGGAGUGCCCAGCCCCAAGGACCAUGGCCAGACUUCUCGAUAAACUGGUGGGCGAGUUUCUGGAAGUCACCUGCGUCAACCCCACCUUCAUCUGUGACCAUCCGCAGAUCAUGAGCCCCCUGGCCAAGUGGCACCGCAAGGUCAAAGGCCUGACGGAGCGCUUCGAGUUGUUCGUGAUGAAGAAGGAGGUGGUGAAUGCCUACACGGAGCUGAACGAUCCGCUGAGGCAGAGGCAGCUGUUCGAGGAGCAGGCCAAUGCGAAGGCAGCCGGUGAUGACGAGGCCAUGCUUAUCGACGAGACAUUCUGCACGGCGCUGGAGUACGGGCUGCCCCCCACGGCCGGAUGGGGCAUGGGCAUCGACCGCCUCACCAUGUUCCUCACCAACUCCAACAACAUCAAGGAGGUGCUGCUCUUCCCAGCCAUGAAACCCGAGGAACACAAGAAGGAGAGCCCAGCAGCAGCUGAACCGGCACUCCAGCAGUGAGGGGCCAAACCGCCCCGGGUCGUGGCGGUUCCGCCUGCGUGUCGCGACGCUGUUCCAUCACCGUUUGCUCGGUCGCGUCAACGUCCGUGUGCCCCCCCUCUCUCUCUCUUCCCACGACCACUCUUUGCGGUGCUUUGGGCGAUUUGUGCGACUCUGCACGUGUGUGACGGGGGAUGAGAACUGCGAAGCCGAAUGAGUUGAAACGAGCAGGAUGUGCAGCAAUGGUAAUCCUAACAAUUUUGUGUUUGUGAUCUUUUUGUUCGUUUGCGUAAACUUUUCACAACGGUGUGGGUUUUUGCUCCGGUAACCUCCCUAACUCAUCAUAUGUGUUCCACCACAAAAUGGAAACGUACCUUACAUUGUUUUGUCAACAAUAGUUUUACAGUUAACUAUUUUGACUUUGCUUAUAAGUACUACUCGCCUUUCUAGUCUCGGUUCCCAAACUAUUGAGUAGCUAAACUUCUGUCUUAUAAUUAAAUCAGGACGAACUUAUAAUCAUGAUGAACUUGAUCGACCUGGGUGCGGUUAUCACCGAUGUUGCGUGGUUAAAAUGUCAAAUGUGGGUGCUACUUCAGAAAGGAAAGUUUCUUAACGUGAAAAAAUGCAGUUUACAUGCAAGUAUUUGGGUGAAUGGUACAAGAAAUAUUGACGGCAAGUUAUCCAUUGCCAGAAGCAGUUGACUCGACACUGCAUAGGUAAAUACCUGGGUAUGUGUCUCGACAAAACAAUGUUGAUCUUGCGUUCACAAAAUCUUCAACUCAGCCCUUGUACACACGAGGUCACAGCUUUCACACCAAUGCAGCUUUGCUUCAUGUGUGUUGCAUUUUAAUAAAUCACUUGCAUCUUGUGGAUUUUAAUGCA